AUGAAAAAGUUAUUGGUCUGCUCAAAUAUUAUAUUAGUUUUUCUGUUUACAAAAAGAUUUUCUGCUCGUUAUAAGCUACGUUCAGUUUCUUGUCCAAUACCGUUGAAAUUCUAUCCUUCGCAUGUUCUUGAUUGCAUAUGUAACAAGUUGAUACCAAAAAAUGUAAUCGCCAUUUUGUUCCUAACUAGACUGGAGGAAUUUGAUGAAACAACAACUGCAUCGCAGUAUUUUCUGGAGAUGGCCUCACAAACCGGCAUUCCAAUUGUAGCCUGGAACGCCGAUAGUUCAGCAUAUAGUUUUGAAAGGGAUCCGUCUGCAUACCGAAUUCUUCAAAUGGCACCACCAAUUGAGCAUCAAGUUCGUGCAAUGUUAGCAUUGUUAAAACGUUAUAAGUGGUCAAAAUUUGGUGUGGUAACAUCAAAAAGCAGUGGUGCCAAAAGCUUUUUAUAUUAUCUUCAAAACCUUCUUGAAGAAAACAGGGGAAGGCCGUUCAAACUAGAAUUGAUCCAUCAUGCAGAAAUUGACACUUCUGCUGAUGAAGCAGAGAUCACCGAAAGCUUAUUAGAUUUGAAAAAAUCUCAGUCUCGAAUAAUUCUUCUUUGCAGCACACACAAUGAGGCUAAAACAAUAUUUACGAUUGCAAAUAAAACUGGGCUCACAACUAACAAAUAUCUUUGGAUUGGAACACAGUCUGUAAAAGCAGAUGCCAGUUCAUUCAAGUUGCCUUUUCAACCAGGAAUGUUAGCCGUUACCUUUAAUACACAUGCAGAUGCCUAUUUCGAUCAGCCAAAUGAUAUUCUCAGCGUUAUUAUCAGUUUGGCGCCUAAGUUGAUUGCAAUAGCAAUUGGCAAAGUUUGUAUGAACAACAGUUUUGAAAUCUACUCGGAUCUGUCAUGCGAUAGGGAAAGCAAUGAAUCAGUGUGGCGCGGUGGUGCUGUCUUAUACGAAACAAUGAGAAGAACGGCUAUAAAGGGUAAUCCUCAUCAUGCCAAAGAUGGACUGCAUUCGUUCUAUUACACCUUUGAUGAACACGGCAAAUUAAAAAAUUCCCAUUUAAUAAUAUCGAACUUUCGCGAGAGAACACACAAAGAUUUUUUGAGGAGCAAUAAAGACCUAGUCUGGGAUCCGGUAGGCGAAUACUCAAAUGGAGAAUUGAAGAUCGCUGACAUUAAAUGGCCGGGUGGUAAUGCAAAUCCUCCUCAAGGUACACCUGAUCAGUUCCACCUUAAGGUUGUCACGUUACACGAACCACCGUUUGUCAUUGUAACUGACUUGGAUCCUGAAACUGGGCAGUGCAUCGGCAACCUCGGUUACAUAUGUGAUUGGGGUGAUGAAGUUUAUGUUGAAAAUGGUGUUAAAAAGAACAGGACGUUGUAUAAGUGCUGCACUGGGUACUGCGUUGAUUUGCUAGACAAGUUAUCAAAAGAUAUUGGUUUUACCUAUACGCUUUAUAAGGUUCGCGACGAAAAAUGGGGGAUUAAAACGGAAAAUGGUUGGAAUGGUUUGGUACGGGAGCUUAUAUUGCAUAAAGCAGAUAUGUGUGUUACGUCAUUAAAGCUUAACUCUGAGAGGGCGCGAGACAUCGAUUUUUCAAUUCCUUUUCUAGAAACUGGUAUAACGAUUAUUGUGAAAAUCCGCAGUGGUGUUUUGUCACCAACAGCUUUUUUAGAGCCUUUUGAAUAUUCUACUUGGGUAAUUAUCUUACUAGUGUCUAUUCAAGGGGCUGCAUUUUCAAUCUUUGUUUUUGAAUGGGUCAGCCCAUACAGUUUCAACAUGCAGAAACAUCCUCCUCCAGGUCACAAAUUUUCGUUGUGUCGGUCCUACUGGCUAGUCUGGGCAACGUUUUUCAGCGCCAGCGUCAGUACUGACCUUCCAAGAUCUACCGUCAGCCGCUUUAUGGCGCUGGUUUGGGCCGCUUUUGGUCUAACAUUUCUGGCAGUUUAUACUGCUAACCUAGCAGCGUUUAUGAUAACUCGUGUUCAGUACUAUGACCUCAAGGGGAUCCAUGAUCCGCGGCUGUUAUAUCCAGAUGAACAAAAACCUCCAUUUCGUUAUGGGACCGUUGAAGGCGGUAACACUCACGAAACAAUGAAAAGGAAUUGGGUACUUAUGAACCAAUACGUCAAUUCCAGAAAUUAUUUCCGCAACAACAUUUCUGCAGGGAUUGAAGCUGUCAAAAAAGAGUUUGACUUUACAAUCAGUUGUCAAAUUGUAGAGAUAAAUCAUUCAGUUCAGGCUUGGACAACAGCAAAAUAUUUAUUGAUAUCUAGUGAAAAACCGAAACUUUUUAAAGCAACAGCACGAUUUUGCAGGUAUCUGCAUGCGUUCAUAUACGAUGCCGUAGUAUUAGAUUAUCUUGCUGGCAAGGAUCCAAAAUGUGAACUUAUUACUGUAGGAAAAUGGUCGAGUAUGACCGGUUACGGUAUUGGAUUUCCAAAGAAUUCUCCCUAUGUACAAAAAGUAAAUCAGUUCAUGCUACAGUAUCAACAAAAAGGCGAUUUGGAACGGCUACAAAAUUUCUGGAUAACUGGAGUUUGCAUACCAGACUCUCAUAGUCAAACAAAAAGUGCUCCUUUGGGAAUCGAAAAUUUUAUGAGUGCUUUUAUCCUUCUUUUAGGCGGAAUGGCAAUGGGAAAAUCGUUGACAUUUACAGAGGCUGUCAAUCGCGUUAGUGAAUGGCAACAACGAAAACAGCCUUUGAUGAAUCCGAUGCAGUCAGUAAAAACGCAGACCUCUACGAGGUUCUUUUUUACAGUAAUCUUAGACAUUCAUAUUGGGCUUUUCUUCUCAAAUAUCUUAUAA